UCUUCUGACUGGUAGGAACGUCUUCUGACUGGUAGGAACGUCUCCUGGCUGGUAGGAACCACAACUAUGAUCACUCACAUCACUGUCGCAGCACCCAACCACAACCACACACAUCCACACAUAUCCACACCUGACGGAAAGUCAUCUUUUAAAUAAAAAGUGUUACCAAACACCUGCACACCUAAAACAGGACAAAAUGGAUGUUAAAGCCUAAAUUAGGAGGGUCAAAGCGAGGACCAGGCCCCUUAUAAAUGAGGGGGAAAGGGAAGAUGACAAAAGAAGGACAAAGUUUUUUAAUAGGAGGGCAAAAGGAGGACAGUAUUUUGUAGGACAAAAGGAGGACAAAAUUCUUUUAUAGGAGGACAAAAUGAGGACGAAGCCUUCUAUAUGAGGACGAGGGAAGGACAAAGCCUUUUAUAGGAGGACAAAGUCUUUUAUAGAGGACAAAAGGAGGACAACGUAUUUUAUAGGAAGAUAGAAGGAAGACAAAGGCUUCUAUAGGAGGACAAAGGGAGGACAAAGUAUUUUAUGGGAUGACAAAAGAAGGACACAAUCUUACAAGGGGACAAAAAAGUAUUACAAAGAAGUACAAAAGACAAAUGCUUACUGGACAAAGGACAUGAAUCAGCAAUCAUUUAGCCAUUCAUCUGAUCAAUUCAUACCAAUUAAUCAAUUGUUUGGUUUCCGUGACCAUCAUCCAAUGGCAUCGUCAGAAAAAUUCAUGUCUAAUGUUACGACAAUUUUAGAACCGCUGGUUCCGAUCAGCCUAUCCUACUAUUCUGAUCUAUGUCCUUAAGGAGACAUCGAGACCAGCCGAAUGACCAAAUUUGAAUGAAGACAAUCCGUCAUGUGAUCUGUCUAAGGUACUCUGACACAGACAACGUUCAUUUUGUCGGGGUCAUUGUUGUAGUCCAGAUCAUUUGAACAGCGAAAGCUUUUCUCAAAAUGUUCGUCCAGUAUUUCUUGAUCCAGACAUUAGUUCUGUCAGUCUAUGGACAGUUUGCCACAAGACAGGGAUCAAGAGUGAACGACAGAUUGACUGACGCAGACACACAGCCAAAUCAGCAACAGUUCUUUAGACAGACACAGACCAACAGAUUACAAUCGCUCUAUCCGGAAUAUAAUAUCCGACAGCCAACCUCACUUCAGACAAGGACUGCGCCAAGGCUUAUAAGUUCCAGGCCGCUUCUUGACAAUGGUCAGCUGACAAGACAAUUCAGCACAGAUCGUCAGAUCAGCAGCAACACAAGAUCCGGGUCUCUUAGCCAAUCAUCUUUGGCAAAUAUGCAACUAGCCAGGAUUGAUCCUUCUGGGAGGAUAGUUCCACUGUCUGCUGCUGAAAGAGAAGAAUUCAUUCGAAAAGGCGGGAAACUAGUUGGUCAAGUUCUUAACAGACCAAACCAGAACACCGAUCGUCGCAUUCAGCCACCACAGCAAAGAACGGACCUGCAGCCCAAACCCGCCACUGCCAGAAAUAUUAGAGUUCCUGUCACGCAAACUUUUAUGGGCUUCAACAGACCACAGAGUCCUGGGAGUGACAACUUUUUACCGCCACCUACAGAUCCACGCCGAGUUCAAGUUCCAUCCAUACAGAGCCAGUUUGGGAGAGACGGCAGAAGGUUCAAUGGCGAAGGGCCAGUUCGAGAUAUAGGCUCGUCGCUCAGAAGACAAGAGGAAGAAACAUGGUGGCGCCAGCAGCAACAAGAUUUAUUGGCACGUGAGAGACUUCUGCAGAAAAAAGAGGAAGAAUUAGAAAAAGCAUUUAUCCGACAAAAAGAACUAGAGCUGCUCAACAGUCUAAGGGACAAAACUCCGUUGAGCGCCAGUGAAAUUACUCCAGCUCUUCCCCCUAAAGAGUUACCGUUACUUCAGCCAACACUAGUGGAGUCUGCAACACCACCGCCGCCAGACACCACAACGUCCUCUACAACUGCUGCUACAACUACUACCACCCCUGCCCCUGUACAAAUGACCAGCCCAGUCUACGUGGCCCCAGCAGACGUCGUGACUUUAAACACCGUCCCCGUGCACCCAGUCACCCCAGUUGCUGUUGUUACAAGCACCAUUGAAAGUACUACAGAGAAAGCAUUCAAACCCAUAGAGAUUUUGGCAUCACUUCCUAAUGACACAGUCGUUCACGCGGACAACACCGCCAAGCUCAAUGUCACUUUUCUCCUAGGAAUGUCAAGCAUAGUGUCGACAGAGGCUCCCGUUGCUCAGGAUGUCACACAAUCUGUCUUCAAAGUUCUCACACCUGACAAGGUCGUUACAGAAUACGCCAACGUCAAUAUCAACACUGUGACACCGAAGGAUUUGAUCUACAGCACUGACGCUAAAAGUCUGCCCGUGACGGAUCUGAAAAACAUCACUCCAGGUCCAGCCACGCCCGGCUAUGACGCUAAGGUGAACGAGCUCAUCCGUCAGAUGGCCAUUGACAUGCUGCUCAGUAGGAUCAAGCAGUCACAGAUCCAACCCAGUCCUGCAGGGUUCGAUUCUCAGCUAGCAGCCGAACUGAUCCGAUUACUGGGAGGCAACGCCAACCUCACCUUGACGCCAACCUCACAGAUCCUCAACCCAAUGUCAGCCACAACAACGUCUGCAACGACAAGGGAUACUACAGUGGGAGUUGCCCAACCUCCCGUAGUCCCAGAAGCAACAGUGACCCAAGGAGCUUCGGUUAUCCAAGAAGCACCCGUUGUUCCAGAACCAAGUCCCUCUAAGAUAUUGACAUCAACAGUGCCCAGUGCUGUAUUGCCAGAAGUGGCCCCUACAUCUGCACCCGUCAGUCGUCCUGCUCUAAACAACUUCAGCAAGCAGCUUGCGAGUCUUGCACAGAACGUCAUCGAGGCUCUGUUGCAACAAAGUUUCUCUGGCAUGAAGACCCAUGACGAGCCCUUGGUUCGGGCCGCCAACGUCCUGCUCGGAGAGAUUAAGAUGCUCACUGGCCCGCAAGCCAGCCAGAUCACCAACUCCAGCACCUCGCUAGCAGAGAACGUCUUAUCGAUAGCCGGUGCCGGAAAAGUGCUCGCGGAACCUGUCGCUGCCGAAACGACCCGCUCACUUCUGCCGGAAACCUCGGCCGCCAACAUCAGUGACCAGUCCAAUCAGAACCCAUUGAUGACUGAAGCCUACAACGUGACACUGGGAAGCAUGUUCACUGAUUACCUCAACGUAACGUACGAUGCGACCAACGCCACAGAGCCCAGUACCACUGCCACGCCGGUAACUGAGCCCACGGAAGCGGUACCCACGCCGCCAGCAAACCUUCCACCUGCGUUUGAACCUCUACCUGGCAUGGAGAAUGUGUCAAAGUCUCAGUUGGAUCGAAUCCUUUCUACUUCCGGGAUACAGUCGUCUGCUGCAUCUGUCAACACCAAGAUGGCGUUGGUUCUCUUGCUGUCUAAGUAUUACGGGAUAUCUGCAGACGCAGCUCUGGCCAUAAUAAACAUGAUGGCUGUCGUAAAGAAAGAUUCUGCUUUGGAAGCCAAAGCUGGUGAACUUGAUGCACUUAAGCUUCCUGUAGCCAUGCCGGAUGCAUCUGUUUCUGGUCUAGCAUCAACCACUGCGUCUGCAAUUAAUAGUGCGGUAGAUGGUGGUCCUAUUGAAACAAGCUCAGGCAAUACAGAACAGAUUAAACAAACCAAUGAUGGGACAACCGCGCCAAGCCAAUUUCUGAAGCAAGCUGUCAAUGAAUCGGCUUCGGUUCUGAAUACGUCUAUCACUCAUGAUCUAACAUUAAGUAAAGCCGUCAAUAAAUCACCUUCCUUGAUAUCGCUAAGUGAGGUCACUACUUUAGCAUCAUCUGUAUCAUCACCAAAUGAUGUCACAACUGUCUCGACAUCAGCUACCUCCAAGGCUUCAUCAACUGAAGCACUGCCUAAGUUUCCUACAACUACUUCAACAGCAGCACCACUCUUCAGUAAAGAUCUCAUUGUUCUAUCAAGUCCUCCUCUCCUGUUAACUGAAAGUUUCUCCAUGCCAACGACAUCUACAGCUUUGCUAAGCCACGCAUCGACCAGAGCGAGCAACUCACUAAACGUGACGCCUUCUACAGGGGUAACGUCUACCACAAGUGCAAACAUCCUUCCGUCAAAAGCACCGACAGCUGUAACAUCGACGACUGCGUCCUAUGACAACACAUCAUAUGACAGCACACCCUAUGACAGCACACCCUAUGACAGCACAUCCUAUGAUAGCACAUCCUAUGACAGCACAUCCUAUGACACCACAUCCUCGACAACCGUCAAGGUGGUGAAUCCUAGCUUCUCCUUCCUAAUGAGCUCACUGUCCAAGCUGGCUUCAGAACUGGCCGCCAGAAAGGCUGCAACCGAAGAGUCGACGACUUCACAGUAUACAGACCCAAGUCUGCUAGCUAAUGUCACCGAAACCAGUACAACAGUUUAAUUUAUCUGCACUCGGCAAACGUUCUCCAUUGCAAAAAGAAAACAAAACAAAAAUUACAGCUUGAUCUCCAAACUUUUGGGAAAGAUGUUACACUGUCUGAAAGCGUUGGAAAAUAAAAUGUCUUUUUAAUAUAAGCAUUUAAAAAAAUUGCCAUUGUAGAAUUAAAAUGUACAAUGAGAUAAAAAAAAAAUAUGAAUAAAUAUGUGUUUAAAAUAAAUUUUAAAUGUUUCUCAGUAAUUUCAAUGAGCUCUACAAUAGAAUUUCUCAUUUUUCUAACAAUAAACUGUGUUAUUUUUCUGAAUUGGAUGUUUAAUCUUAAAUUUCGUAACACUUGAAUGUUUCAAUAUUCAAGGUCCUUUAAGUGAUGGCUACUAUUCCAUAGUCCACCCUAACUUUUUUUGUUUGUCAUUUGUUUAGCCAUUGAAUCCCCACCAGCCUUCAGCGGCUAUCUGUUUGUUUGUUUUUCUUUGUCUUCCUAGGCACCCAACCUCGUUCUAAAAGCCUACGAAGUAAUAGCUGGCGUGUUUAACAUCACACCAGCAGAGCUGCAUGGCAUUGUGGCGUCCAGGGUGAUGAGGUCCACCACGUCAGCCCCAGUGGUGUCAACAACCACCACCACCGCU